AUGUACAAAUUAGCAGCUACCAAUGGAUACACUUGGAAUUACGUAAUUUGUACUGGUGAGCAAGAAUCGUUGGCAGGUGUUGGACAUGCUCAAGCAAUAGUAAUGAAACUAUUAGAUGGUCUUGAUGGAUGUUAUCGAACCGUCGUAGCUGACAAUUUCUUUACCAGUAUCUCUCUUGCAAAAUAUUUGUUGGAACAUUAUACGUAUCUCAUUGGAACAUUACGAAGCAAUCGUGUUGGAUCAGGAACUAAAGUUCUUGAAGACAAUCUUAGUCGUGGGGAAGUUUAUGGACUUCAGAGUCAAGAUGGAAUUAAAUUAAUCAGGUGGAAAGACAAAAACGAUGUCUUGAUGAUAUCUACAAGACUGUCACAUUCAGCAAGUGUAGUAGACAGUGGAAAAACAAUUUUUCAAAAUGAGCGAAUCAUGAAGUCCCAAGUUGUAUUAGAUUACAAUGAAGGAAGACAAGGUACUGAUUUA